UUCUAAUUAGACAUGAGUCGACGCAACAACAACUAGAAGGCGUCGAAGCAACGGCAUCCGCCUCUUGCGGAUUUCACGGUGGACAUCCCCCGAUCGCUUCCGGCAGCGCUUUAUCCUCUGUCACAUGCGCAAACCCCGUCCAUGAUCGUCCUCCAAGCCAAGCCUCUCUCCGCUCUGCUCCCCGUCCGCUCCGCUGCCAUGGAAGCAGCAGCGACCGCCGCGUCGCCGCUCUCUGCCCUUUUCUCCCGCUCCCCCUCCUCUCACCUCCGCUCCGCCCCCGGCUUCCGCCUGCUGGCCCUCUCGCUGCCCCUCGCUGACGAGCUCCGCGCUCCCUCUGGCAGUGCUCUUCUCCUGCCUCCUCGCCGGUUCUGCGUAUCUGCUCGGAGCUCCGGGGAUCAGAUCGUUGCCCGCCCGUCCUCCGAGAUGCGGAAGAAUCCGUUUGGAGGCUGCGACCGCGGUACCGGUGACGAGAAGCUCCGAGCUCUUAGGGAGCUAUUCUCGAGGCCAGAUGUCGGUAUUGAUGCUUACAUUAUCCCCUCUCAGGAUGCCCACCAGAGUGAGUUUAUUGCUGAAUGCUUCAUGCGACGGGCCUACAUAUCGGGCUUUACUGGUAGUGCUGGUACAGCUGUGGUAACGAAAGAGAAUGCUGCUCUUUGGACUGAUGGGCGCUAUUUUCUUCAGGCUGAGAAGCAACUGAGUCGCGAUUGGAUACUUAUGAGAAGUGGAAAUCAUGGUGUUCCCACUACCAGUGAAUGGCUUAACGAUGUCUUGGCUCCUGGUUGCAGAAUUGGCAUUGAUCCUUUCCUCUUUUCUUCCAAUGCAGCAGAAGAAUUGAAAGAUGAAAUUUCUAAGAAGGAUCAUGAACUGGUUUUCCUGUAUGACUACAAUCUCAUCGAUGUGAUUUGGGGAGAAUCAAGGCCAAAGCCUCCAAUUAACCCAACUAGAGUUCAUGACAUUAACUAUGCUGGGGUUGAUGUCUCAUCUAAGUUGUUUUCUUUAAGAUCUGAGCUUAUCGAAGCUGGUGGAUCUGCCAUCAUUAUAUCAAUGCUUGAUGAAGUUGCUUGGCUAUUGAACAUGAGAGGAAAUGAUGUUCCAAAUUCACCUGUGUUCUAUUCCUACCUAUUAGUGGAGAUGAACAGGGUCAAGUUGUUUAUUGACAAUACUAAGAUCACCAUGGAGGUAAAGGAUCACUUGACUAAUGCUGGAGUAGAAUUGAGACCAUAUGAAGGAAUUCUACCUGAAAUAGAGAGGUUGGCAGCAAGUGGUGCAAAACUCUGGUUAGAUCCAUCAAGUGUGAAUGCUGCAAUUGUCAGCAUUUUCAAGUCUGCUUGUGAAAAACAUAAUAGAAAAACUAGAAAAGGAGAAAAAAAGGAAGUUGUUGCAUCAAUAAAAAAUCAAGAUAUUCAGGCAGAAGGGCCUUUUGGACUGUACAAGGUUUCUCCUGUUACCAUGGCCAAGGCAGUGAAGAAUAGGGCAGAAAUUGAGGGGAUGCACAAUUCACAUUUAAGAGAUGCUGCUGCUUUAGCUGAAUUUUGGGCUUGGCUUGAAGAGGAAAUUUCUAAGAAUAUAGCAUAUACAGAAGUAGAAGUUGCUGAUAAAUUGCUUGAAUUUCGUAAAAAACAGCCUGGUUUUCUAGAUACAAGUUUUGACACUAUUAGUGGAUAUGGUGCAAAUGGUGCUAUAAUACAUUAUAAUCCGAAUUCAGAAAGUUGUAGUGUUGUUGGUGAUAAAAACCUCUUCCUAUUAGAUAGUGGUGGUCAGUAUGUGGAUGGUACCACUGACAUAACAAGGACAGUGCAUUUUGGUGAACCUUCAUUGCGACAAAAGGAAUGCUUUACCAGAGUUCUACAGGGUCAUAUAGCUAUUGAUCAGGCAAUAUUCCCUGAAGGUACUCCUGGUUUUGUUCUUGAUAUACUUGCACGAUCACCUCUUUGGAAAAUUGGACUUGAUUACCGACAUGGGACAGGUCAUGGGGUUGGAGCUGCGCUAAAUGUCCAUGAAGGACCACAGAGUAUAAGCUUCAGAUAUGGAAAUAUGACUGCUUUGCAGAAGGGCAUGAUAGUUAGCAAUGAACCUGGAUACUAUGAAGACAAUUCAUUUGGUAUACGGAUUGAGAACCUCCUUAUUGUAAAAGAGGUUGAGUUGCCAAAUUAUUAUGGAGGCAUUGGUUACCUUGGUUUUGAAAAACUUACAUUUGUCCCAAUACAGAAUAAAUUGGUUGACUUAUCUUUGUUAUCUCACGCGGAAAUCAACUGGCUCAAUGAUUAUCAUGCACAAGUUUGGGAAAAGGUUUCACCUAUGUUGGAUGGUGGGGCUCGUGAAUGGCUUUGGAAUAACACCCGGCCUAUUCCACAAGACUGAACUUUUCUUUUGUCCUCUCACAAGAACAGAUCUGAGGGCUUCAGAUAAAUGUACUCCAAUAUUUAUUUAUUGAAUUGGCAUUACUUCUCAUAUGAUGGCAGGAGGACAAAAUAUCCUUAUCCUUCAGUGGAUAUUGUGGUGUUUAUCCUUAUCCUUAUGAUAAAUCAGUGUCAAUAAUUCCUGAGGACAAAAUCAGUGGUAUUUAUUGAAUUGGCAUUACUUCUCAUAUGAUGGCAGGAGGACAAAAUAUCCUUAUCCUUCAGUGGAUAUUGUGGUGUUUAGCCUUUCCUGAGUACAUGCCAAGCUAUUUUGGUGUCAAUAAUUCGAAUGUUUUAUAAUCCAUGUUCUUUUGCGUUGGAUAUCUGAAUUAUAAAUAUGGCUCUUAACAAUCUGAGCA